GCUGCCCCUGACGCUCAACCGCCACCCUCGAGACGUCGCCGCCCACCAUGGCCCUGUCAACGCCUCAGCUCCUCGGUGCCCUGGGCAUCCUCUACAUCGCAUACAACAUUGGACACAAGCUCUACCUCAAUGCGCAAAUCCGCAAACUGGGCGCGCGGGCGCCCACGCGAACAACCUACCUGCCAUUUGGCGUCGACAUGGCCUACCAAGCCGUCCAAAGCGCCCUCAAGGACCAGAUAUACGAAAUGUGGAUUGCCAUGUUCAGAAAAUGGGGCGGGCCAACAUGCUACACCAUGGAGGUGGGCGUGGGCGAGCGCCUCCUCAUGACCGCAGACCCCGAAAACAUCAAAGCCAUCCUGGCGACGCAGUUCAAGGACUAUGGCAAGGGCGAGCAGUUCAGGCAGGACUGGUUCCAGUUUUUGGGCAACGGCAUCUUCAGCACCGACGGCCACCUGUGGCACAACUCGCGCCAGCUGAUCCGGCCGCAGUUUGUCAAGGACCGCCUCAGUGAUAUCAAUAUCUUCGAGGAGCACACGCAGAUUCUUCUCUCCAAGAUUGGCCGCGACCAAGAAAUCGACACGCUCGACUUGAUGUUUAGAUAUACACUCGACGCAGCCACGCACUUUCUGCUCGGCCACAGUGUUGGCAGCUUGGAAGACCCAAAGACCGAGUUUGCCGAUGCCUUCUCCAAUGUCCAGCGCGUGCAGAGCAUCAUCGCCCGUCUUGGUACUUUGAACUGGCUUCUCCCUCGCAAACACAUGGGCUUCUACGACUCGCUCAAAGUCAUCAACGACUUUGUAUCCACCUUCAUCGACACUGCGCUUGUUCUGUCGCCCGAGGAACUCGAAAAGAAGACCAGCCACGACGAGGGCUACACAUUCCUCCAUGCCCUCGCAGCCUACACACGUGACCGCGACAUGCUGCGCGACCAGCUCGUCAAUGUGCUUCUAGCCGGCCGCGACACCACCGCCUGCACCCUGACCUGGGUCAUCUACCACCUAUCCAUGGACCCCACCAUUACAGCCAAACUGCGCCAGGAAAUCAUCAGCACAGUUGGUCUGGAGCGCCAGCCCACCUACGACGACCUAAAGAACAUGCGGUACCUCCAGCACAUUCUCAAUGAAACCCUUCGUCUGUACCCCACCGUCCCCUACAACAUCCGCAUCGCCCUCAAAGACACCACGCUGCCCAUGGGCGGCGGUCCAGACGGCCAACAACCCAUUGGCAUUCCAGCUGGCACCCCGAUUGGCUACUCGACCCUCAUCAUGCAACGCCGCGAAGACAUUUACCCGCCUACCUCGGCCUCAUUUCCCCCACCAGCCGUCUUCUCCCCCGAACGCUGGGACUCGUGGACCCCCAAGAGCUGGACCUACAUCCCCUUCAACGGCGGCCCCAGAAUCUGCAUCGGCCAGCAAUUUGCGCUGACAGAAAUGGCGUAUACCCUUGUACGCAUCUUCCAGCGCUUCGAGACGGUCGAGAAUAGAAUGGACGGGCAGGACCCGGGCCUCCAUGCCGAUAUCGUGUUGCAGCCCGCCAAUGAGAUUCGCGUUGCUUUCAAGUAGACGAAUAUGAUUUGGGAUGGAGGGGAAUUUUGGGGGCGGAGACUCACUUUGGGUUUGGGCGUAAAUAGCUUUUGGCAGGCUGGAAGCUUGGUCUUGUUGUUUGGGUCCCAUGGUGGUGAUGCAGGAAGAGGGAGAGAGAGAGAGAUAUCAUGUGUUAUUGUUGAUAGUAGUAGCGUGUAUAUAUAUACAUACAUACAUACAUACGUACGAAUACCAGGUAUUGAU